AUGGAUUUUUCAAAGCGGAAACCAGCCUCGCCGCGCGGUCAGUUAUAUCCGCAAAGAGCAUAUCCUUCGCCAACAUCGCUACCAAGCCCUGAAGUUCCCCAAUUUCAGGAGUUCUCCCGCAUACCGACCCUUGCCCUCGACCAGGCCUUCUCAGCCUGGCCGGAGCAGCAGCACAAGCGCCGCGAGGGCAUGCCCGAGUACUACCACCACGCAGGCAGCUCUCUCACCGGCGACGUCUACGGCCUCGACUACCAGCGGUCGAGGAGCAUUCACAGCGAGCAAAGCUUGGAGCUCACGGGCCCGCUAGACGUGGCGGGAAGCAUCAAGGCCCGAAACAUUAGCUUUGGCGGCGACUUCAUUGUUAGCGAUGCGAUUGAUGCAUACGGAGACAUCGAAAUCAAUGGCAACAUGACGGCAGAAGGCCGGAUAAAGGCCUUUGGGGACAUCAAAGUCAACGGCAGCUUGACAGCGAGUGGGAAAAUCGAAGGAUCCUCUAGAUUAAAGCUGCGCGGCAGUAUUCACGCGGCUGACGUGGAAAUUUACGGCAACGUCAUCCUUCGGGGGUACCUGUACUGUCGCCAGCUUGUAGUCUACGGCUCCAUCAUCUUGGUUGGACCCAACUCGACAUAUGACGUGGCGGGCUACGAAAUGGUCACAGGUCUACGUACGCGACGUGACCAUGAGCCAGAUUGGGACAUCUGA